AAAAACCAUUUCCUUCGCAUAAAAUUUAAUUUAUAUGCAAUAGUUUAAAACGAUCGUUUUCCACAACAUAAUUGGCAUGCAUUUUCGACGCAUCACGCAUACGCAGCGUGUGCCGUGCAGCAUGUUGCAUGCUCAAUAUGCGUGGCAUGGACUGUUGCUUCUGAGUCGCAUUAUUAUUUAUGGCCGCAUGCCGUGAAAAAUGUCAGUUGGCGACAAGUGUUGUUCAAAUGGCAUGCAUGGUUGCCACAACAACAGCAAAAGCAACAACAUUACAGCAGCAGCUACAACAACAGCAGUAAUGACAACCCAUACGGGCAUACAAAAGCAUUUGGCGCUCAAUUUGACAUGAAACGUGCAGAAACAGAGGGAAAACUUGGGGCGACUGAAAGAGAUACAAAAGGAAGCUCAAUACAAAUAGCCGUGCUUGGCCUUUGUCGUUGACGUAUCCUUUAUCCAACCCACCCACAUUUCGCCACCCCCUUCCCCACCCAACAAAAAUAAGAGGGAAAGCCACAGAAAAAUGGGCAACGCAACUUGUAACAGGCAACCAGCAACAGAAACCAGUAAAAACCAACGAGAAGCAGCAGCGGCAGAAGCAGCAGAAAACACGAAGUGCAGAGCCCAAACCGAAGGCUGGUGCUCACUCGGUUACCAAGGCAACUUCGUCGGGCUCACAACAAAAGGAUAAGCCAAGCCAAAGUCCUCGGAACAGGACGACCAGAGCAGCCAGCAAACUAGUCAGCAAGUCAAGCCGGAGCUCAGUUGCAGCAGCGCAACGCAUUUGCCCAGACGCACAACUCGCGAUUCGCGGCCAAAACUAAGAGCUACGGAAAUAGACUUGCCUUGGCCAUCGAUCGUUAUACUAUCUACACUUCGAAAAAAAACGCAGCUAACCUUUAAUUGAGAGAAUUAAAAAUGCAUAUCAAGCUCUUAUAUCAAUCAGUGUUGUCUUCUUGUGCUUUAUAACGAAAUAUCAUUGAGUUAUAUAUAAAAAAUAACUAAACAUGUGUUGUAUAGUGCCCGUAAAAAUUAACAAAUAGACAAAUUUCAUGAGAAUAUGAUUCUUAAAUCAAAAUUGUAAAAAAUAAUAUAUCUGCUUAUAAAAUCUGUAAAUUCUUGAGAAGAUAUUAAACAAUUUGUUUUAAAUAAAAUUACUUUCGAACAUUCCUCCACUAUCUUAUGUUCCGAAACAUAAUGUUUAUAAAAUAUUUUGAAAAUAUUUUUGGCAACGCGAAAUGUUUUAAAGGUUGAAGAACCUGAUUUCAAAAUAAAUGUUUUUCGUGUAGUGUGACAGCUAGUAAUGGUCGUGCAGUGUUGCUGUUGCCUUCGGGUCGUCGCUCGCGAGGGCUAGCUCCUGCCAGUCGCUGUUCGUCCUUGCUGCGGUCUAGUGCCUUUAGCUUUCGCUACUAGCUGCUAGCUUCUAGCCAGGCUAAGUGCGACGCCUUUCUUCGGUCGGUUGAAGUGUGCGUGUUAAUGGAAAUGUAAUGAGUGCGCCGUGCUAAUCGUUAUGCAAUCGCCUCGCUUCGAUUUCCAGCCGCAGUGAAAUGUCUCUAAAACGUUAUGCAACUCUGCUGGCCUUUGGUCAAAACCAAAAUUCAAAUCAAAAUCACUCAACAACAUCGUCAUCGGUGGUGGCCACAACGGAGGGGAUUCCAUCAUCAUCAUCAUCAUCAUCAUCAUCAUCGUAUGGAAGUUUUAACAGCGAGGAGCUGGUGUCCCAGUCCCAGGAGCAUAUGUCAUCCUCGUCCUCGAUUUCGACGCACACCACCUACUACACCGGCGGAUUGGGGCAGUAUCAUCAGCAGCGCGGUGGCUCAGGAUCUGUCAUCUCCGGCGUUGGCGGCGGUGGAGGACCUGGUGGACCCCAGACGUAUGCAAAUGUAGUCAACGGCAAUGUGAAUCUGCUGCUUGGCGGGGCGAUGCUUUCCCUGGUGACAACCAUAUUGUGUGUGGUCUGCUAUUGUUGCCAUCGGAAUAUCAAAAAGCGGACUGAGGCCGCCUACAGGCAGCAGCAGCAUCAGUGGCUCGAAGGCGAUACCAACAUGGAAAUAUACAGCGUGGAACAGUGCUACGAGACAUCUGGCCUGUUUCUGGGGGACUCAACAGAUGGAUUGUCCGCCGUGCCCGCUCUGCAUCACGAACCACCGCCCUCGUACGACGCGGUGGUGCUGCACGAGCAGCAACUCCACCAGCAGCAGCUGGAGCAGCAGCAGCAAUUGCAGCUGCAACUGCAACAGCAGCAGCAGCAACUACUGAUGCAGCGCGUCUCACCGCCGCCGGGAUACCGAUCCUCGCUGGACAUCAGCGGAGGGCAGGGACAGGGAACGACUAGCUUUGGUCGCGGCACACCCGAUGGCAGUGGGGAUGUGGCCGUGGCCAGUGGUAGUGGUGGAACUGGAGGCCUGCUGGUCAACAAGCAGCUGCAGCUGGCCCUGAAUGCCCAGUCCUGCUGCUCACUGCAGCGGGCCGAGGUGGAGAGCAUGUGGAAUGCGGCGGCGGCGGCGGUGGCUGCCCGCAGCGGAAAUUGCCUGGAAAUGGAGACGCUGCAGGUGUGCAAGCCGGCGGCCCAGAAUAUCAGAUUGAACACCUUCGGGCGGCGGUAUCUGCAGCAGAGCCAUCAGCACAGUGCCAACCACUACCGACGUGGCUGUCCGCUGUGCGGCAAGUUCCGCUACGAAGGCGAGGCGGAAGAUGAGCCCCUAACCGCCGCUCUGUCCGUGGAGAGCGGUCUCAAUAUGAGCGGGCGCAGGGAGGAGCCGGCCCUGUGUCCCUGUCCCAGCGACAUCGAUAAUGGCAACCACAUUUCUGGCGAUGCCCAGCAGGAGGACGAGGCCAACGGGAAUGUUCAGGAAUGUUCCACCACGGAUGACUCUAUAACCUCUAUACCCACAACCGCUGUCAAUGAUGAAAAUGACAACGCAGCAACGUCAGACACACCAGCAACCUCCCAAAAUGACAAAGGACCGGAGAUGGAGGUGGAACAGGAGCUGGAGCAGGCAAUGGGCCAACAGGUCGAACAGGAUUUGAACAACAUUAACGAAAACGGCAUCAUCAGCCUGGACAUGAGCAAAAUCAUUGACAGAUCGGGACUGCCCACAUACGAGGGAGCCAUCAAAUUGGAGUCCAGUGGUUAUGUGUGAGCCCCAUUAGGAAUUUGUAUAGUUAAUACUCUGUCAUUCGGAAACCUUCAACACAAGUGUGCUUAUCUAUGAAUAAGAUAUGGUUUAUAGAGCCCAAAGUUUUAAGUUUCGGUUUUAAAGAUGAAUAAGAUCUUAGUACAGUUAAAGAAGAAUAGCACUCUUAAAACAUACUAAUAGUAUAUACCAUUAAUAUCUAUGAGUAAUUUUGAGCUUAUGAAGGAAGUAGCUGCUGUGGUAGGAGAGAACAUGUUAAGCAAAAACGAAAACAAUAAUUUAAACGUUCAAGUGUUUAGACAUAAGCCCAUGCAUAUCCCUGUAAAUGUUCGUUUCGAAUACUCGUAUCAAUAAAAUCAAAAGCUGUAAUUGAAA